AUGUUCGGCGCAGUGGUUGGCUCGAGCGGAUGGAUGGAAGGUGGCACAAAGGAUAUAUGGGAUGGAACACCACCACCACCACCACCAGGAGAAGCACACGCGAGCUUCGCCGUGGCGGACGGGGAGGCGCUGGAUGAAGAAUCCCAUGGCGUCUGUCAGUCUGUAGUCUCGACUCUGCAGGCCGUGGCACCUGCGGCUUGGUUCCACGCUUCCCUCUCUUGGCCAAUCCCGGUCAAGGUCCAACGGCAGGCCUGGAAAACGCAACAACGUCCCGUGCUCGAGGGCGUCGAGGUCAUGGCGUGGAAUGGGAGGGAAUGCAAGCAGACAAUCUCGGUGGGAAAGUGCAUCGUGGCGUGGCAUCGUGAAGACGUGAGGACGGGAGACCUCGAGGUGAGGGAAGGUGAGGUAUUUCGUGUGGAGUACGUACAAUCUCCCCGAUACGUACUCUCUCUACUGUGGUACAUAGGUAUGUACUGUAGGUUGUAA